AUGGCGCCCCGACUGCCUCCGAGCUGUCUCCAGCUCCUCCGAACCGGGUCGUCCACGACAUCCAAUGCCGCGCUCGCCGGACCCCGCCUCCACCUGCUCCCUUUCACCGCGAAGCGAGGUGUAAAGUACGGCUGGUCGACCGCUCCCCCUCGCAGCAAGCCAGCCCGCUUCAACCAGCCGACGGCCGGUCUCCCCGUCCUUACCACCGGUCCCGCUGCCGCCCUCGCUCGCCGCGAGAAGACGACUCCUCUCCGCACCGGCGCCCUCGCGAUCAAGAAGGGCAUGACCGCCAUCUACUACGGCAAGAAACGAGUCGCCUGCACCGUCCUCCAGCUCGAUCAGGUCCAGGUCGUCGCGAACAAGACACGUGAGAAGAACGGUUACUGGGCCGUUCAGAUCGGCCUGGGCAGCAAGGAACCCCGCAACGUGGACAGGCCAAUGCUGGGAUACUACGAGGCGAAGGGCAUCGCGCCCAAGCGCCACCUCGCCGAGUUCAAGGUCCGCGAUGAGAAGGGUCUGCUACCCGUUGGCUCACAGCUGUUCCCGGACUGGUUUCAGACGGGCCAGUAUGUUGAUGUGCGCUCCAACACCCGGGGCAUGGGUUUCGCCGGUGGUAUGAAGCGCCACGGCUUCGCUGGACAGGAAGCAUCGCACGGUAACUCCAAGAACCACCGUACCAUCGGUACCACCGGUCCCUCGCAAGGCUCCGGUUCCAGAGUCAUGCCGGGCAAGAAGAUGCCUGGAAGGAUGGGCAACGAGCGGGUGACGGUGCAGAAUCUGACGGUGCUGAAGGUGGACAACGAGCUGGGCGUCGUGCUCGUCAAGGGCGCUGUUGGAGGGCCCAAGAACUGUCUCGUGCAGAUCCAGGAUGCGAAGAAGAGGAAGGCGCCGGCAUUGCCGUACCGCAAGGAGAAGCUGUUGGAGUUGUUGAAGAGCAAGCCGGAGAACAAGGCGAGACUGCAGCAGGCAAGGGAAAGGCACCUGCAACUCAAGGAGAUCAGGAACUCGACAUUCUCGUAA